UGCACAUUGAGAUACAGAGAAGCACAGAACAAGAAAAAAGACAAAAUUCAUAGAACAUUGUAUAUUCCCUCAGAUCUCACUGUCUCAAACUGUUUAUCUGCAGAGGACAAGAAGAUUCCUUUUUCCCCUUCGACCCGAAAGUUGUAUAGGAUUGUACGGUAAAAAAGGAAUCUUGUUUGUUUCCCGAGAAAAUCAAUUCGAUUUCACUCCGUUUCGAUGGUUUCUGAUUGAAAGUGUACUCGAAUAUUGUGUAAGAUGAUCGAGGGGCUUAGAAUGUUGAUCCAAGUCAAGGUUAAUGGAUGAAAAAAGAUACAGUAUGAUGAACAGUAUAUUGGGGAUAAGAUUAGUCAAGCUUUGGAUUUGGCUUAAUCUGAGAUGGAGGGAGAUGUGUUUUCUGGAUUUGAAGACAGAUGCCAUGUUGAUGGGAAGCUAUUGCAAAGCUUCCAGAAGAGCUUUGUGCAAGUUCAAGACAUUCUCGAUCAAAACCGACUGCUGAUCAACGAAAUCAACCAAAACCACGAGUCCAGACAACCGGAUAACUUGAAACGAAAUGUGGGUUUGAUUAGAGAGCUCAAUAACAACGUUAGAAGAGUGGCCAACCUAUAUGCAGAUCUUUCUAAUUCUUUUGCCAGAUCUAUUGAUGCUUCAUCAGAAGUUGAAUCUAUUGGGACCUUCAAAUCUGAUGGUAAGGUCAACCAGAAGAGAUUAACAUCAGGGGGAUCUGUAUAAUCUUCCAACAAAGUCAUUCUUACCUGAAAGAUGCCUUUGGUAAUGAGUGGAAAAGCAAGUGUGGAACCAAAGAACAUGGUUCUUCCCACAAUGACAACUUUUAGAAUCCCACCUAAUAUUCUGCAGAGCUAAUUUUGAUAGUGAUGAUGGUGAUGAUGAUGAUUACAACGAAGAAAAAUCAAAGCUUUCAUUGUUUUCUUUAGAAACCCGUCUCAGAUCUGCACACGACAUAACUCUCUUCCUUAUGAACAGAGAAUAUGUUGUUCAUGAGUAAAAUACAUUUGGUGUUUGAUCA